GGCUCCUGUGGACCCCGGAAGUACAACUCGAACUUGGUCGGGGCGCGGAUCCCGAGAGGGAAAGUCACAACAACCGCACGAGGGAGUUCGACUAGCGAGCUGGAAGGCCACGCCUCCUCCCGCCUCCCCCCUCAGCCCUGUAGCUGGGGGCAGAGCUCAGACUGUCUGAAGAUUGAUGUCUAUUUCCUUGAGCUCUUUAAUUUUGUUGCCAGUUUGGAUAAGCAUGGCACAAAUCCAGCAGGGAGGUCCAGAUGAAAAUGAAAAGACUACAGCUCUGAAAGACUUAUUAUCUAGAAUAGAUUUGGAUGAACUAAUGAAAAAAGAUGAACCACCUCUUGAUUUUCCUGAUACCCUGGAAGGAUUUGAAUACGCUUUUAAUGAAAAGGGGCAGUUAAGACACAUAAAAACUGGGGAACCAUUUGUUUUUAAUUACCGGGAAGAUUUGCACAGAUGGAACCAGAAAAGAUAUGAGGCUCUGGGAGAGAUUAUCACGAAGUAUGUAUAUGAACUCCUGGAGAAGGACUGUAAUUUGAAAAAAAUCUCUAUUCCAGUAGAUGCCACUGAAAGUGAACCAAAGAGUUUUAUCUUUAUGAGUGAUGAUGCUUUGACAAAUCCACAGAAACUGAUGGUUUUAAUUCAUGGUAGUGGUGUUGUCAGGGCAGGUCAGUGGGCUAGAAGGCUUAUUAUAAAUGAAGAUCUGGACAGUGGCACACAGAUACCUUUUAUUAAGAGAGCUGUGGAUAAAACUCAGCUCAAAAUGGACCAGAAACCUAUUAGACCAGAAACCCUACACAUACUAGAACAAAAGGAAGGAUAUGGAGUAAUAGUACUGAAUCCCAAUGAAAACUAUAUUGAAGUAGAAAAGCCGAAGAUGCAUGUACAAUCAUCUUCUGAUAGUUCAGAUGAACCAGCAGAAAAACGGGAAAGAAAAGAUAAAGUCUGUAAAGAAACAAAGAAGCGACGUGAUUUCUAUGAGAAGUAUCGUAACCCCCAAAGAGAAAAAGAAAUGAUGCAAUUGUAUAUAAGAGAGAAUGGUUCUCCUGAAGAACAUGCCAUCUAUGUUUGGGACCAUUUCAUAGCCCAGUCUGCAGCUGAGAAUGUAUUUUUUGUUGCUCACAGCUAUGGAGGACUUGCUUUUGUUGAACUGAUGAUUCAACGAGAAGCGGAUGUGAAAAGUAAGGUAACUGCUGUGGCACUGACAGACUCUGUUCACAAUGUAUGGCAUCAAGAAGCUGGAAAAACGAUUCGGGAAUGGAUGAGAGAGAACUGUUGUAAUUGGGUCUCUAGCUCAGAACCAUUAGAUACAUCAGUGGAGUCCAUGCUACCUGACUGUCCCCGAGUCUCAGCAGAAUUUAGAUUGUGGGAAGACAAGCAAGAUGGCAUCGUAGGUAAAAGAAACAGCAGUACAAGGAGCAAGGACUGGAAUAGAUCUGAAGAUGUUCACAGAGAAUAAAGGCAAGACGGGCCUGCCUGUUGAAAGGAAAGAGGUGAAGAGGUGAACACCUCAGGAAGCAUUUGGAAGAAAAUGUAAGGAUGGCAUUGUUUCCAGCCUACAGGAUCUGUACGUGAGUCUCUGGGUAAGGAAAGAGAGUGGCAUUGUCGUUGCUUUCUUAUUUUGGCUUUCACAGCUCCCAACCAAUUUGUAUGAUGACACAAAGUGAGCAGUGAUAUCUGAUUGUGACUAAUAACAGAAAUGGACAUUUCUGGCCAUGAAUGCUGGAGAAUAAGCAGAAUAAGCAGAUAUUUGGAGCACAAACUACUCCAUGUAACAAUCAUAGGUGAUAGUUAAUCCCUAAGUGUCUUAGAAUUGCAGAGAUGUUUACAUAUUGGGAGGAAAUAAUUUGGAGAAUAACUCAAAUUCUAGAUAAUGAACUAUUGUGAUAAUUAAAUACCACUACCAUUAAUACAUAAACUUCAGGUGAGUUUCACUAUCACUAUAGCUGAAUUUUAUAAGUUUCUCAGAAUUUAAUUGUAAAAGCAGUCCUUAGGAGAUUUGUACAUUACAAAACACACAGACACACACACACACACACACACAUACACACAAAUAUGUUUAUAUACAUAAUUUAUGUAUGUAUUUGUGUACAUAUAAUAUACAAUGUAUUUUCAUUAUUCAUGGUGAUUAUAUUCUAUGAAGUCACUGAGAACACCAAAUUAGCAAAUACUGGAUCAUUAUUCUUGAGGGAUGUAUAGUGUCAUGUUCCUGUGAGCCUCUGGUCACAUUUUUGUCAACCAAUCAAUAUAUAAAUUUGUUUUAUAUGUUUCUGUUUAAAGACAACUCAUUUAAUAUACAUUGUUGAGUCAUUAACAUUGAACUCAUGGCCAGCAGUACUAACUCAUGCCUAAACAAAACUGAUCUAGCAUACAUAUUUUCUCCAUAAGAUGCAUCACAGCCUUUUCAUACUUAUAAAUACUAGAUAGUACCUCAGCACUAUAUUUGGGCGCCAUUUGAAACAGAGAAAUCACAAAAAUAUGAAAAACAUGAUACUAAGUCAUCUGGGAAAGGACACUUGUUGACAGUGUGAGAGCUGAAACAAGAAGGAAGAGUACGGCCUUGUUCAACUUUAGCUAAGAACAGUGACUCAAUUUUUUAACCUCUCUGCACAUGUGCAUGUCUGUGAAUGAUUGAAAAACUGCCAAGUUGAUUUUGAUUUUAGGGUUACAAAUAAAUUUUAGUGAAUUACUGAAUUUAUAAAUAUGGAAUGUACAAAUAAUGAAGACAGACUGCAUUAUUUCAGUAUAAAGGAAAAUAUUUGUUAUAAAUAUUUGACCAGAACUAGUGAAACAGUGUCAGUAAGUGUUAACUUUGCAUUUGAUCCUGGAACUUGAGUCCACAAAGCAAAUACCUAGUAAAGGAAGCUAGAUAUAAAGUGGCAGAGAGCAAGAAUGAGCUAGAACCCAUAAACAAGAGCUGGAAUCUAUGUAAAGACGGAGAUGGACUGAAGUCCAUCUCAGUUCUUAUUGCUUCUGUUUUUGGUCGUCUGGGUGUCCUGUAGAAGUGUUUGCCCUUUGUCAUAUGGAGCUAAACACACACAUAUCUGCACCAGGAGUCAAAGAUGCUGGAGAACUCAAGAGAAGGUGGAGCAGAUGCCAUCCUAGCUAUUGGCUCACACCAUAAGAUGAGCCAGCAGAUAAGUGACAACAUGUGUGUGCUAGAAAUGCUGCUGUCUCACAUUAAGCCUCCAAAUUUCCCACCAAAUGGAAAAAAAAAAAUCCCUUGUGUACCAUCCUAACCAGAAACAUAGGAAAAAUAAUUCUGGAAAAUGUAAUUCAACCUAGCCAAAUUUACACAUUAAAAAUCUACCACAAUGGCCCCCAUGCCAAUUUGGCACUCAUAUACAUCUCUUUAAGACACACUUAAUUUCCAGUUAAAGAAAUUAAUAAAGUCAUUCUUGCAUCUAACAUGGAACAGCUACCCCAUGUACAACUGAAAACAUACCUACCCUUUUCCCAGAAGUAGGUACAAAGUCUUUUUAUUGUCAUUGCCUUAUAGCAUUCUUCUCACCUUUGGUAUCCUAUAAUUUAAAUAUUGUAUGAUAAAGUUAUUAUUGAUACAUCUUAGAUGAUAAAGGAAUAAAAGACAGUGUAAUGAAUCGGACAUAAUAUUAUGGCCCAUGUACAUAUAUGAAAACAACACAGUGAUUCCCACCAUCAUGUACAUCCAAAAGAACGGAAUCCUAAUGAGAAUAAAAUAUAUCCUAUGCUUGUGUAAUUAUAUCAAAAUGGAUUCUGCUGUCAUGUAUAACUGAAAAGAACAAAUAAAUUUUUAAAAUAUUUUAGUUGUUGAUGGACCUUUAUUCUAUUCAUUUAUUAAUAUGCAGUGCUGAGAAUCGAACCCAGUGCCUCACACAUGUGAGGCAAACAUUCUACCAUUGAGCCACAACCCCAACCCAAGAACAAAUAAAUUUAAGAAAAUAGAAAAAGAGGGGCUGGAGUUGUGGCUCAGCGGUAGAGUGCUCAUCUAGCACAUGUGAGGCCCUGGGUUCGAUCCUCGGCACCACAUAAAAAUAAAAUAAAGGUAUUAUGUCCAACUACAACUAAAAUAAAAUAUUAAAAAAAAUAAAACAGAAAAAGAAUGAAAGAGGAGACAAAAACUAAAAUAGUGUGUAUAUCUGCAUACACAUAUUCAUGUCAAAAUAAAGAAGGGGCUGGGCCUGGAGCUCAGUGGUAGCGCACUUGCCUGGCAUGUGUGUGAGGCACUGGGUUCGAUUCUCAGCACCACAUAUAAAUAAAUAAAAUAAAGGUCUAUCAAUAACUAAUAUAUACAUAUAUAUUUUUAAAGAGAAGAAAUUCUAUUAUAUUCUUUAUUUUUUGCAACUGAUCAUGUAGUCAUAUCUGAUAUUUAUGACUGCCGUCUUCAACUACCCGUUCAGUAUUCCCAUUGCUUUUAGCAGGUACCUUAGCUGAUUAACAUUCCUUGCCUGGAAAAAUGACCCAUAAUUUCAUUCUUGAAGAAUCAUGGCCAUGAGCCUGAAUUAGAUUGUUGUGGUAUCCUAUUGAUAGUAAUUGGAGAAAGUACUAGCAGACACACCAGAGCACUUCCUGUAUUGCAGACAUAUUCUUCCUUACCCCUAUUGUGUAGUAGAUACUCAGUUUUCUUUUGGAAAUGAGGAUCCAUUAUCCACCCUGUAUAGCAAUACUCUCUACUUCUGUUGAUUCCACUUAAGGAGCUCAAAAAUGACAAGACAGUAGUUUCAGCUUACAUUUCUGUGGAAUCAUUAUUUUAUCUCCCAAUGGAAACAUUUCUCCCUGUGGAGCCAAGACAUUUAUACCAGGAGAGUCUAAAGUCAGACCAUGGGAAACAGCAGUUUUAAGGGUAAUAGGAAAAAAAGCUGAUCCACUUUUAUCCCCUUCACCCCCAGAUUAAGGGUAAAUAGACUGUAUAUUAAAUGCUGAUUUAGAGUGAAUUCCAUAUCCUGGAAGACAUUUUUCCAGAUCUGCAAGGUGUUGCCACCUAGCAGGCAUCAUAACAAUCUCCCAAAAUUCAUUCCACCAUUCUGUCAAGCCUGCUGCUUGAGGAUAAAGGGGAACAUGGUAAGACCAGUGAAUGUUGGCAGACCUUAGGCUCUCUCUUGUCUUCUUGCCUGCUCACUCUGAUGGAAACCAGCUGCCGUGCUGUAAGCUGCUCUGUGGAGAAACCCACAUAGUAAGGAGCUGGUAUCACUGGCCCAGAGCCAGUAGGGCUUAAGGUCUGCCAACAGCCACUGAGUGACCUUGGAAAAGGAUUCUCUCCUAGUUGAGCCUGGAGAUGACUUCACCCUCAACCAACACCUUGAUUGUAGCCUGGUAAGAGACCCUGAGCCAGAGCCAGAGCCUGAGCCACCCAGCCAAGCUAUGUUCAAUUUCUGACCCACACAAACCAUGCGAUAAGAAGUGUUUCAUUGUUUUAAACUGCCAAGUUUGGAGGUGAUUUAUCCCAUAGCAGUAAAUAAUUAUUGCAUCAGGGUUAAACUUCAACUGUGGUGGUCACUCACAGCUCAAGUAGAAACCACCUUAAUCCUUUUUUUGAGACCACAGCCUUGUAAGGCUCAUCUUAGCUCUAAUCUUAGGGUUUCUUUCCAAAGAAAUUAUAAAAUGGUCAUUGAACACAGUUUAUUUCUACCUUUGCUCCUCACUACCUGGCUGAACUUUGCUGUGCAAUUUAUCAGAAAUAAGAUAUUACUUUUCAUCUUUAUCAUACUCACUUGAUAUUAUACUAAGUCAUCUUAAUUAUUUAGCUCUUCUCUGAACGAAUUUUUUUCUUAGGACAGAACUUGCUAUGCAACCCUCUAUUUCCUGUGGGGUUUGAGAUAAAUCAGAAGAUUUCAUAUAUACACCUCAGCACAUAUCCAUUUAGUGCUCAAAUAUUUCUUGAAUACUCACUAUUUUCCAGACGCUAUUCUGGCAGCAGAAGAUAUAGCAUUGAAUAAGAGCUCAUCAUGGCUAUCUUUUCCCCUAGAAAUUAACAAAGGAAAAAUUGUUUUCUGAUCCUUCUGCUAGUGGGUGUCUCUUAAUGUUGAAGCUGUCAUCAACAUUAUAUUGCAUCAAAUAAGAGAAAAGUUAGGGCUAGCACCCCCAACACUACCCAUACUUAUUUAUAUAAACAGAAUUUUUUCAACUAAAAUCAGGGAUUUUCCUCAACAUUUAAAGUCCUUUAAAAUGUUGAGCAGUGAAUGUUUAGUAAGAACAUAAAGAAAAGAAAAAGAAGUCCCAGAUCGUAGACUGAGCAAGCUUUGAUGACAAUGCAAGGAUAUAUUUGAAGUAUGUGUUGGAGUGAUGGCAAUGACAAUGCAAAGAAUAAGAGAACUAAUGGAUACACUAAGGAAGACUCCACUCUCCUUAAUGUUAAAUAGAUCAGAUGUGGAAAGGGAAGAGGCAACAAUAAGCUCCAGUGUAAGUAACUGGACAAUGAAAAUAACAUUACCAGAAGUAGAGGAACUGGAAGGGAAAUCAUUUAAAGGCAGAAGAUGGUGAAAUUAUUUUAUGACCUAUUUCAUUGAGGUGAUGGAUUGAGGUGAUGACAAGAAUUCAUAGUGGAGUAUGGAGGGGGAUCAUGGGAGGAAUAGACAAACUCUAGAUAGGGCAGAGGGGUGG